CUCCCAUUAGAUUCAGUCAACUCUUUCCCUCUGCAUCACAUUCUGCUUCCUGGAUUUUUAUUCCUGCAUUACUUCAACAGAUUGUCAUCAUCGUCAUCACCGUCGUCAGCAUCAUCUUGGAACUUGUUUUGAAUACCAACUUUUCCCGAAAGGAACAAUUUGGCUAUAGGCUAUAACCUGUAAGGAUCGGCCGCGGAGGAGCUUUCCCCCUCAUCCACACCAAUUCGGGCGGCCUACUUUGGUCAUUUAUUGUUUCUUUGGACCCGCUCCCCCGACAGUGACACGUACUUUUCACCGAUAUCAAGAAACUCCAUCUCGGCUAGGCUCAUCUACCUCUCUCACUGAUCUUGGCCGCUUUUGGGCAUUAUUACCUCUUAUUACCUACAUUGCCGCCAUUAUCAGCAUCCAAAUCUACAGCCUCACAGCUAUAUAACCUUCUACAGCUUCUCCUCGCAUUUGAAUUUUCCAGGUUUCUUUCACACUUCAUACCCGCCGAUUCCAACUAUCAAUCCAUACUUUCCACAUCCGCACAAUCCUUUUGAUCUAUUGGCAGAUCUAUUGAUAAAUAAAUACCACACACCACUUACCCCGACGGCGCCGUUUCUCAAGACUUGUUAACCAUACCUCUCCCUCAAAUCCAUUCUAGAAUCACAAGUCUCCAUGGCUCGUCAGACCGGUAGCAGCCCUUCCUUGAAAAUCCUCUUCCUCUGCACGGCCCACAACAGCUUAUCCCAAAGGCUGUCUCUGGUCCUGCAAGAACGUGGUCACCAUGUCACAAUUGAACUCGCUAUCUCACCUGAGCUGAUGAUAGAGGCAGCCAAGUUGGCAGGACCGGAUCUCAUUAUAUGUCCAUUUCUCACAAAAAAGGUCCCCGCCGAAGUAUAUGAGAGCUAUCUCACCUGGAUUAUCCACCCUGGUGCUCCCGGAGAUGCUGGUCCUUCAGCCAUCGAUUGGGUCUUACUCGGUGACGACGGCACUGAAGCUGACGCGCAAAAAGCUUUAGCCAAGAUAUCUACCAAUGAAUAUGUCGCUAGUGGCCAAGGAAGGUCUCACUGGGGCGUGACAGUUCUUCAAGCCAUUGAAGAGUUUGAUGCUGGACCUGUCUGGGCUUGGGAGCAAUUUCCCAUCACACUCGAUGGGCCCGGCGCAUUAACCAAAGCUUCACUAUACCGUGGACCUUUGACAACUGCAGCAGUUGGGGCCUGUUUAUGUGCUAUUGAUCGUCUCUUAUCAGUCGCGGCUGCUCCAUCUUUCCCUUCCAUCAGCCCUAGCCUUCCAACUGAAUCCACUUGGGCUACCAAGUCCGUCGCCACCCAGCAAGAAUUUCUCGGUGGAAAAACGCACACUCGCCCGCUUCUGCAACCCGCACAAAGAUCAUGGAACCCUGAAACUGAUUCCGCUGCUCUGGUCUCUCGCCGCUUGCGUGCAUCCGACUCCCAACCUGGGGUACAAACCUCCCUUCUCUACGGCAAGAAGCUGUAUCUCUACGGUGGUCUCAUCGAAGAGAAUCUGAUCCCGUUCAAGGCUUCUCGAGCUGGGGAGGUCGUUGCGCAAAGAGAUGGUGCCGUUCUGGUCUCGACAGCGGACGGCAAAGGAAUUUGGAUCACCCAUGUUCGCAGGCUCAAGCCUAAAAAUCAGGCGCUUCUUCCCGCCAAGCUUCCAGCUAUUCUUGGGCUCAAGUCUGUCCCCGAGUUGGCUAGCGAAGUUGAUUUCGACGCGAUUCCCACAUGGAACCUCACUGGCUUCACCAAAGUUCCCGGCACAUUCCAAGAAGUAUGGAUUGAAUACGACGACUUCUUUGGGGCUUUCAAAACUGCUUACAUCUAUUCUAACUUUUACAAUGGGGCAGCUUCUACGCCCCAAUGCCAGCAACUGUUGGCAGCAAUCAAAGAAGUGACCAGUCAAUCCAGUGUCAAAGCGCUAGUCUUGAUGGGAGGCGAUUACUGGAACAACGGCAUUCACCUGGGCGUUUGCUCAACAGACGUCGCACAAGAAAGCUGGAAAAAUAUCAAUGCAAUCAACGACUGUGUUGAGGCCCUCCUCACCGCUAGAAACAUCGCUACCUUUGCCGCCAUCCGUGGCAACGCUGCAGCAGGUGGUUUUGCUUUAGCUACCUGUUGUGACUUUGUUUUCUGUGUUGAAAAUGCCGUGAUUAAUCCCCACUACCGCGCUGUGGGGCUUUAUGGUUCGGAAUAUCAUACCCUGACCUGGUAUGCUCGAGCUGGUGAAGAGGUCGCCAAGAAGUUUACUCGUGGCAUCCUUCCCAUGAGCGCCAAAAGUGCCCUUCAGCUCGGGUUGAUUGAUCAAGUGAUCGAAGCCGGUGCAAACCUCUGCGGAGAUAUCAAGUCUGCAGUUAUGCGCACUCUCUUCACCGACGCCGACCAACCGUGGAAUGGUGCCCCUUGGACAAAGCAGCGACUUCACUUAUCCACUUAUUCAUUAGAACAUCGUCGUUUGAUGGACGCAGCCCCCUUACGCCGACAAGCUUGGUUGGAUUGUUUGCCUCAGCCCCUCGCAUCCUACAGAACCCAGGAGUUGGACUUCAUGAAGUUAAAUUUCACCGAUCCUCGCUAUGAAAGAUGCGUUCAAGACUUCACCGGGAAAGCCGCCGCGGCCAGCACACCUCUUCGGUUUGCUUUGCACCGUCGAUUCACUCAGUGGGAGAAGCCCAUGCUGGAUGCCGAAGAAGAAGCCGACUACUUCCACUAUCCUGUUAUUGACACCGAAGCUGUCCACGUAGCAUUGGGCAUAUCCCCCAGCCAGCCCAUUCAACUUAUUUCUCCUCCACCUCUUCGUGAUGGUCCCAGCCUCUUGGUUGCUCCUACGGUCGAGAAGAACCAAUCGAUGUCCCCAGUGCUAUCUCCCUCGUUUUCGGAAUCGGCAACGCUCAACAACAGUCUUCAGCUGUCUCCGUCCAGUUCUGAUUCUCCAUCACCGGAAGCAACUUCAGCAGUUCAAAAUGAGUCACCACAAUCCCCUGCCAGCCCGCGCAUGGGCCUAAGCGAGUGUGAUGCCAAAGCCUCUCACCGCAUCUCUCGCGUUGUCCAAAAGCUCAAGGCCGCGCUGGUUCAGAAGCCUGAACAGAUCGACGACAAAUCCCAACAUCGAACUUCAACCAUGAACCGCAGAUCUACUUUCAGUGUAUCUGGCAAGCCGGCCAGCCGAGAUCAUCAGAUGUCGUGUUAUUACAGCGCCGUUGACGAAAGAACUAUCAACUAGUUAGAUCGCUUAAUUCUACAUGGUCCUUUUCACCUUAUCAAUCCUGUUCUAUGUAUCCCCCCCCCUCCACCCUGCUGAUUCUAAAAACUGUUUGCAGUAGUAUAGUUUAAGAACAUUAUAAGUCGUCCUGUGUCCCCAUGAGUUUUUGUUUGUUUUUUUUGAAUAUGCUGAGUUUUACUUUACACUUUGAUUACUUAACCGGUUCAUUACUUGCGUUGCAUGUGUACGAGUAUUAUCUUGUUUUUUCCAUCAUUUUUUUUUUGGUUCACUCUCACUCGUCUCAUGUAUGUAUACCACUCUUGAUCUAUGUUGUCAUUUGAGGUCUCAGUAUUAGCACAUUCCUGAUUUAACUCUAUUUCUCUCACAUUGCUUUUGAAAUCACAAUUCUUUUACUAUCCAA